AUGCAAAUUUUUGUUCUUCCAGAGAAGCUCACUUUCUUGAUUGAUGUCUACACUCUGAAAGACAAGGCAUUCUCUUAUCUUACGAAAUCUUCAACAAACGUCCGCUCUUGGGAGAAAUGGUGCGAUAUUGUGGAAGUCACCACAACCAGGACAUCCAAGAGUCAGAACCAAACUAUGAGGAAAACGACGGCUAAGAACCCCACAAUGAAACGGACAACCAAGGGCACCCCUCCCGUUCUUCUUCCUCCUCCGACACCGAUCAUGGCCUCGGUACCGCUGCAGAGGCCCCCGAGAAGGGAUGCGGUGAUCGGGGGAGCUGUGAUGGCGGCUUAG